GAAGUGUUUGUUCCUGUUCCUGUGUGGGCCAGGAAGCCCAGGCCUUCCCUGCUCUGACACGGUUAGGCAAACUGAUGCAGUGUCGACCCGGUGACCAUGGCGGUGUUUCACGACGAGGUGGAGAUCGAGGACUUUCAAUAUGACGAGGACUCGGAGACAUAUUUCUACCCCUGCCCCUGUGGGGAUAACUUCUCCAUCACCAAGGAAGAUUUGGAGAAUGGAGAAGAUGUGGCAACGUGUCCUAGCUGCUCUCUCAUUAUAAAAGUGAUUUAUGACAAAGAUCAGUUUAUGUGUGGAGAAACAGUCCCAGCACCUUCAACCAACAAAGAGUUAGUUAAAUGCUGAAGGAGCCCUGAGGAGCCCAAAUCCUAAGUAUUAGGGAAUGAGCCCAGGUUGAUGGAACAAGUGCUGGGUUAACAAGCUCUACAUAGGACAGCUGUCUUGUGGCUUGCUUCCAGGGGUGUGCAUCUUCAUCAGCCACUGAAAUCAUUAAAAAAAAAUGAGCCUGUGACAUGUCAGAUCUGGAUUUCAUGUAUACAUGGAAUUGGAAGGAUUCUUAAUUGUCCAUCUGAAUUUAAAGGGAAUGUCUUUUCUUUUUCUCAGUUGCAUCAUUUGAAUAUCUUAAAACUAAUUCAUUUUCUGAAAACAACAUUGUCCACUUCAGUCCCGAGGCUCUUUAUUUUUUAAAGAUUUGUUAUUUUAUUUUUAAUUAUGUGUGUGUGCAUUUGUGUCGGGGUAUGUGCAUAUGAGUACAGUUGCCCAGGAAGGCCAGAGGCACCGCAUCUGGAGCAGGAGUCCAGCAGUGUGAGCCACAGAAAUGGGUGCCAGGACCCAAACAUGGGUCCUUUCAAAGCACCACAGGUUCCCAACCUCUGAAUCAUCUCUCCAGCCCACGAGGGUCUUUAUUUUAAAAGAUUACAUUUUAAUGAAGUUGCUAAGAUGAUUCAGGUGAGGCCUUUCUGUGUCAUUUACUCUGUUGGAAACUUAAGGAAAUCUGUGCCUUUCUUAGGGCUGCACUCUGGCUCCUUCGCCAGCCAGUGAUUGUAUUGGUUGAUUACAUGGUUCAUGUUCUUAGUCAUUGUUGUACUCUUCGUGCAGAGUUCAGUUGUGGUAUUGGAUUGUGAGGCCAUGGUUUCUCUGUAGCUUCCAAUUAUUGCCUAAGGAAGGAAAAGCUGGAGUGAAAUGGUAAAAGAAACAGCUUCUGGUACUUUGUGUCUUCCUUAUGUUAGGAUAGAAUAGAAAGAAACACAGCCAGUAGAAGUAAAGCUGGCAUCAGUGAGAGGUGUGAAAUCUGCCAACUUGGCAGAUGAAAGUACAUGAGUAAUUUUGCCAGGUUGGAACAAGUAUUUCUGUCUCUGGGCCUUUAGUUUUUAAAAUGACUGAUGGGAUUGCAUUUCACACAGGGGUUAGGUUGAGUCUCCAUAUGGUAGUAGUUGUAACAUAUCACAGGCUGUGUCACCCGUAGUUGUAGUAAGUGACACCUCCACAACAGAAGGUGAGCUGACUCGACAAGCCCAUGAGGGCACACGUGAUAAGCCUGCACAUAACGGAGAUCCAAAUCAGAUACCCACUCCUGCUGAGUGAUACUUCCCUUGAAAAAGAGAAGUAUGUAAAGUUGGACUAUUAGUCUUCCUUCGCUGCAAUCUGAGAGUAGCAAGAAGUAGACUUACUUUGCAGAAAUUUGAGAAGUUCUUUGUAAACACAGCUUUGCUGUAAAUACAUAAAGUUUUGAGAGUGCACUUGUGGACAUACAUUCACAGCAUACAGAAGGACAUCCGCCAUCAUGCACUGGUAUCCAGCAGGUUGUUUGGGGUAUGGCUCCUGCAAUUAAAAAAUAGCCAGUAGAUGGGUCAUGGGUUAAGAGCACUUUCUCCUCUUCUAGAGGCUUUCUGUUCAAUUCUUAGCACUCACAUCGCAGCUCACAACUGUCUGUAACUCCUGUUCCAGGAUUCUGAUGCCCUCUUCUGACCUCAGUGGACACCAGGCAUGCAUGUGGUACACAGACAUAGAGGUGCAGACCACACACUCAUACAUCUAAAUAAAAUUCUUUAAAAAAAAGAAAAGAACUAACAAAUAGUAGCCAGCCAUUCAUUGGAGGUUUGAAUUAAAAUAUAUAACCAGGUUGGGUUUUUUUGACCAGUAAGUAAUGUCCAGCUCUAGGCAACUAUUAGGCUGAGACAAAGUUAAAAGUUGCCAGAAGUGUGGUGUACCUCAUAUGUCACAUUUCUUGGGUUUUUUUUGUGUGUUGUGGGGAGGUGUUGAACCUGGAGCCUAGCACAUGCUGGGCAAGUGUGUUGUUCUGGGCUGCAUCUCCAGCCAGAAUGUUUUAAUAGGCUAGGAAUUCUUAACUGCUAUUUGAUGUCCCCCAAAUCAUCUUAGAAAGCAAAGUCACUGCUCAGAUAGACAGAGCAGGGGACCAGUGAGAAUGAGCUACACAGAGAAUCAGACUGUGCUCAGAUCAAGGGCUUUGGAGAUUGCACUAACUGACUUUUCCUGCUACAGAAGAAUUUCCUAGCAGAGCAGAUGCCUUGAUGUAGGUCUUCUGUGAACACAAAGGAGCAGGAAAGAGUCCAAGUUGAGAUUCCUCAGGAGGAAAGCAUAAGCAGACUGCCGGCCAGUGACUAGCUAAAGUAGGUGUGGUUUUGUCUUUAAAGAAACUGAGCAAGUUAGAAACUAUAAAAGGAAUUCCAGCUAUUAGUCCUGUAUUAAGCAGAAAAAAACAAGGCCAUUCAGAUGUGACUGGAGUCCCAGACAUUCCAGAGCACCUCUGAGAACUGGUGGACCAGUUCUGUCUCAUGAGCUCUGUAGUCUCCAGGGCCUAUGGAUUCCUCAUCUGCAGUUAGGAGACGGGGUCAGCUGUCAGCUCUCAUUUCAUUUGUGGUUCCUUGCCAGAACUAAAACCUUUAUAAACUCAAAACUAUCAUGAAUCAUAGCCAAUGGAAGCUCCAUUUUUCUUCCAUAGCAUUAUCACACUUCAGAGUUGGAAAAGUUCAAAGGAUUCUGCAUAUAUGUUCACAACCAACAAUUUUUAAAAACUGUAUGUAUUCAUUACAAUGACUUGCAUUGCCAAGCUAAUAAAAUGAGAUAGCGCAAA